AGUAUAUGCAAGCAGAAAGUGUCUGGGGGCUACUGAGAGCAGCACGGGAGGGGAAAGGGUAAAAAAAAAAACCCCUCCAGGAGAGACCUGAAAGCAGCCCAUUGACCUUCCCCAGUCCAGGGACAGGGUGUCGCUGUGGAAAGUGUGCCUAAAGGACGUCAGUGUCGGCAAGCAGCCCAUGUGCCCGGUGGUUAUCGAGGCCCCGCUUCUGAAGCCAGGGGAGGACGGGACGGAGGCAGAAGAGAGGGAAGAGAAGCUGAGGGGGCUUUGAGCCUCGGAGCCCCUCUUGCCUCCCUCCUGAAGCCCAAAGGCGGAGCAGCGGCAGCAGCAGCCUCGCAGUCCCGCAGCAGGUGCAGAGAGGAAGUGCAAGAGGUGGAAACGCGCCGCUCUGCCUCGCCUGGGUCAGCCGCAGCGGAUUUGAGCGGGCACAAGAAGCCAGUUUCCAAAAAGGGACCAAAAAAAUUCCUCCAUUUGAUCGAAAGAAGGAGCGGGAAAAUUAUUGUGCGGGGAAGGAAAGAGAACAAGCCCCCCUCCCUCCCAAAGAGGGAGCUGAUGGAGCAGUUCCCGAAGCCAGCGAUGAAGUCUUACAUUCCAGUUUUCAUUCUUCUGUGGAGUGCUGUCGGGAUUGCAAGGGCUGCCAAAAUUGUAGUUGUGCCGCCAAUUAUGUUUGAAAGCCAUCUCUAUAUUUUCAAGACCGUGGCCUUUGCCUUGCAUGAGCAAGGUCACCAGACAGUGUUACUGCUGUCUGAGGGCAGAGAAAUCUCUCCAUCUAAUCACUAUAGACUGCUCCGUUACCCAGGGAUCUUUAAUAGCACCACCUCAGACGAGUUUCUUCAAUCCAAAAUGAGGAAUAUCUUUUCUGGGAGACAAACAUUUGUGGAACUGUUUGACAUACUGGAUCACUAUUCCAAGAACUGUGACAUGAUUGUGGGCAACAAGAAGCUUAUCCAUACCAUGAAACAGGAAAAAUUUGACCUGCUGCUAGUGGAUUCUAAUGAGAUAUGUGGAUUUGUUAUUGCUCAUCUAUUAGGAGUUAAAUACGCUGUUUUUUCCACUGGCCUUUGGUAUCCAGCAGAAGUAGGUGCUCCAGCACCUUUGGCAUAUGUUCCGGAAUUUAAUUCACUACUCACAGAUCAUAUGAAUUUGCUAGAGAGGAUUAAGAACACUGUUGUUUAUCUGGUUUCAAGAUUUGGAGUUAGUUUUUUGGUUCUGCCAACAUUUGACAGGAUAAUGCAGAAGCACAAUGUUCAGCCAGAAAAAUCCAUGCAUGAACUGGUGCGUGAAUCCAGCCUGUGGAUGCUGUGUACUGAUGUAGCAUUAGAGUUUCCAAGACCCACGCUACCAAAUGUUGUGUAUGUGGGAGGAAUCCUCACCAAACCAGCCAGUCCUCUACCAGAAGAUCUCCAAACAUGGGUGGAUGGUGCUAAUGAAAAUGGCUUUGUUCUCGUUUCAUUUGGAGCAGGAGUAAAAUAUUUGUCUGAAGAUAUAGCUCAUAAAUUGGCACAUGCUCUGGCAAGACUUCCUCAAAGAGUUGUUUGGAGGUUUUCAGGAAGUAAACCUAAGAAUUUAGGCAACAAUACAAAACUCAUAGAAUGGUUACCACAAAAUGACUUGCUUGGUCACUCUAAUAUCAAGGCCUUCCUUAGUCAUGGUGGUCUGAACAGCAUUUUUGAAACUAUGUACCAUGGUGUGCCUGUGGUAGGAAUUCCUCUCUUUGGAGAUCAUUAUGACACUAUGACCCGAGUUCAGUCCAAAGGCAUGGGGAUAUUACUAAACUGGAAGACUAUAACUGAUGAUAAUUUAUAUGCUGCUUUGGUGGAAGUUAUUAAUAAUCCCAGUUAUCGACAACAGGCUCGGAAGCUGUCUGAAAUUCAUAAAGACCAGCCUGGUCAUCCUGUCGAGCGAUCAGUCUACUGGAUUAAUUAUAUCCUUCGGCACAAUGGAGCGGAACAUCUACGUGCUGCUGUUUACACCAUUUCUUUAUACCAGUAUUUCUUAUUGGAUAUUGCCUUUGUUGUACUUCUUGGUAUUGCCUUACUCUGCUACAUUUUGGCCAGGAUGGCAAAAUUUGUGCGCAAGCAGAGCAGACAUCUUUGGUCUGCUGAUGAACAUACUGCUGUUAAUGGACAUUACCAAAAUGGGAUAUUGAAUGGCAAGUAUAGAAGAAAUGGCCACAUUAAACAUGAAAAAAAGGUGAAAUGAGCCAACAACCCCAUGUACAUUAGUAGUGAAUCAAUUCUAGAAUUGAAUUUUAUAACUGUAACUUAGUCUAACACCUACUUAAAGUAAAACCUCAAUAAACAGUUCUAACGCUCCCCUACAGUAUGUAAUCUUAUGCGAUUAAAUUCUGAAGAACUAAGGAAAAUCUGUUUUUUUAAAAAAGCACAACCUAAAAUACAAAACGUAUUUUAUUAAUACUGAUGCAGAAAGGCUAUUCUGGCACUGAAGUUUUUAGAAGCCUUAAUUCUCUGAUGCAAUUCAAUGUAUAUUUAUGGACUCUCCAUUUGUAAUUCUAAACAUGUUUGUCCCAGAUAAGAAAAAAGUUUCCCUUUACUUGCAAGGGUGUUUUCUAUUUUCUUAGAUUCAUUCACAUGCUAGCAGAGAUACCUUUGUUUUAUUUGUCUAAGGUUCAGUUUGUUAUCUAAGAAUGAUGUCACACAGUCAUCUUUUGUAGAGUUUGGUACACAGCAGUUAAGAAUCAAAAUGCAGCCAUAUAGAUCAUAUUCUUAAAAAGCACUGAAAAAUAUAACAGUAUAGCAGACUUUUAAUAUGUUUGACUCUUCACAAGGAGUACAGCAUGCUGUAAUUUUAUUUAUGAAUUUUUCCAUUUCGUUUUUGCCUUUCUUCAUAUCUAUAAUUUACAGCAUUGUAAAGGUGUUUUACUCCAAGCAUUAUAAGGGCUAUGUGGAUAGACUGAAUAGUGAACAAAAAUAAAUGAAGUAGAGGGAAAUUCCCAAGUUCUUUGGAGAAGGUUUUGCCAUAUAUCUCUUGAACAAUGCAGACUCAAACCACUGAGGAGAUGUGUUAUAAAGUUGAAUGUCUUUUCUUCUAAUUACUGCAUUAUUGCUGUGGGCAUCAUUAUAAUUACGUUUUCUCUCUCUAAAUCACAGUGUUUCAGAGGUUCACUUUCAAUAGUUAUACUUGUGCUCCUUAUACUGAUCUGGGUCACACAGUCCAUGUUACAUAGUUGCCAACAUCUGUUCUUGAAAUAAAGUGGAAGCUAUCCUUUUGAUUGGUUGCCACAAUCUUAGUAGAAGUUUGAGUCCAUAAUUAGAACAUUUCCUUCUUUCUCUGUCCACAACAGCCUUUUGGCACAACACUCUUUGAAUUACUGUACUGGUACAGGGCAUUGGAUAUGAAAUCAGGAGUGUCCUGUUGAACCAGCGUUGGCAACUAUGAGUUAUUAAUUUCCACGUCAUUCUGUUUACUUGGAAUUUGCACUACACAUGUUGUGAGUGUAUGCUUUAUUUAUUUGCAUUUUUAAAUCCCAUGUCUGACAGCAGUGUGUGGGGUCCAUUUAUUGAGUAUUGUUCACUAACAUAGGAAGAAUUCCGAAACAGUACAGAAUGCUAAGAUCAUCUUCAUACAUGGUGACAUGAAAUUUCAUUUUGUCCCAUCAGGAGCCUCAAUCUUACUAGCAAUAAAGUAGCAUUGAAAAUAUGUUUCUAAAAUUCAGUACAAGCAAUUGUACUGCUUUCCAGAUACUUGAAGAAAAUAUUAUAAAUAAGCCUAUUACCUUUAUCUUUUUACAAUCCUAUCAAUAUGUGGCAAUUAUAGGAAUGCAAAGAGGCAAUGAAUGGUGGGAGAGUGACAUAACCUAGAGUGUAUGGAUGAAUUGGUUUUGAUGCUUUUUGUAUUGAAGAAAGUACACAAGACUGACCGGAUGAUUAAGAAUAAGUUAAUCUCCACUGUGAUAAAAAAAAACCUCAAGCAAUAAACAUGGAUUUAACAUAGAAACAAAUUGUUGGAAGCCCA